CACGUGAUACAGUACCGUUGCGAUCCUCGCGCGGUGUACACAUACAGUAUGUCAGACAGCGCUAUCUACAGUGUUCGGCUAAGAUGGCGUCCUCAUGAAGACGUAACCAAGAUUAGGAAAAUCGAUAUACAACGCACAUCUGGUGACUUGCCAACUCAUAAGGAAUUGCUGACAGGUGAACUUGGCUUGCGAAAGGUCUUUCAACCGCUGAAGAAUCGCUGCAGAACCGACGUCCUCAAGUUUACAAACAACAAAGAAGUUUCAUGUAAAUUAGAGGAAGCUGCUUAUCCUGGAGAAUACGUGUUAGAAUUGGAGAUAGUUGAAAUUGACAAAAGAACAAAUUUGAGUAGUCAUUGUAUUUAUUGGAAUUGUAGUGAACUUCCAGUUUGUGGAAUGGAAGGCCAUCAUCAGGCAGUAGCAACUGAUGGCAGUAACGAGACUUGUAAUCAACAAACAUGGCAGCCACGUGUAAAGCACGAACUUAAAUAUGAUGAAAAGGGAUAUGAAGACAUCCCAUUGACGGAACACGACCCUUUGGUACAGAUAGUGUCUGAUUGUGGCCGCCGUUCUUACAGGAAGAUUGCUAUUGCUCUUAAAAUCAGUUCUAGAGAUAUUGAUGACCUACCACAAUGCACAAAUGAGGAACGACUGCACCGUUUACUGGUGGGUUGGAUUGCAGAUAAGGGCAAAGAAGCAACGCGUCGCAUGCUGUUGAUGGCUUGCAAGAAAGCCAAUGUAUUUGGGGCUGUGGAAAUGGAACUGUUGAAGCAAGAUGAACAUGAUUUAUAGGUUCAUUCUAAGUAGAGGUUGGUGUUUUUUUGACUAGGUGACGUAUGAGCACGAGUUGUCUAGUGCAGGUGCCCUGUUUUUCAUACACAAUAAUUGUGUAAUUUUUAAUACAUAGAUUUUUUCA